CAAACAUCUUCCUUACCGCAAUCAAAGCCCCUCCGGACCAAGUGUGCCCCCCCCUUCAUUUACCCCACUAAGCAAUCCUCUUUGCCUUAACCAACCAGUGUUUUGUCUGUCUCUGUAGAAUCCCAAGUCAAAAUGUCUUCUAAGCUACCUUCAGGCAAACCCACAUCUCCUUUCAGGAAGAGAGGCAGUCUGCAGUACACAGCCAGUGGAGUAGAUCUCCAUGUUGGCCGACACCUCCUCACAUCCCAGCAUUCCUUGCCUGGCAACCCUGUAACCAAGCACGGCCACAUCGACCUGCGCACAUCCAUGGAUGGCAAGUACAAAGAGAUUGCGGAGGAGCUGUUCUCCCGCAGCCUGGCGGAGAGUGAGAUGCGGAGUGCUCCAUAUGAGUUCCCUGAGGAGAGUCCCAUUGAGCAGCUGGAAGAGAGGCGACACAGACUGAUGCGGCAGAUCAGCCAGGACAUCAAGUUUGAGCCUGAUAUCCUUCUGCGAGCCAAACAGGACUUCAUGAAAACAGACAGUGCGACAGAUCUAGAAUAUAUGAAAGAACAGAGCCAGGUGCCCAAAGAACUGUAUCCUGAGAGAGAGCUCAUCCCAGAGAGAGAGUAUCAGAGAGUUACCAUCUCUGGAGAGGAGAAAUGUGGGGUUCCAUUCACUGACCUACUGGAUGCUGCUAAAUGUGUAGUGAAAGCUCUGUUCAUCAGAGAGAAGUACAUCUCUCUGUCCAUGCAGAGCUUCUGCAGGACCACAGCACGUUACCUGCAGGAGCUUGGUGACAGGCUUCUGGACCUCAACACAUAUGAGGAGGUGCCUGAGUCCUCUGGAUCUGCAGGUGCAAUGGUCCAUCCACCCAUGUCAGAAACCCAUCCUUAUGAGAGGCAAGACCCUGCCAACAUGCCCCCAGGCAAAGGUUACACCUGCAAAAUGGUGGAUGGUGUUGUUCACGUGUACACACAUAACUCCUCAGAGCUGGACCUGCCAUAUCCAGACCUGCAGGAAUACAUCACUGAUACGAACAUGAUGAUGGCACUCAUUAUUAACGGGCCAGUGAAAUCUUUCUGCUAUCGUCGUCUGCAGUAUCUUAGCUCCAAGUUCCAGAUGCACAUUCUCUUAAAUGAGAUGAAAGAGUUGGCAGCACAGAAAAAGGUCCCUCACCGUGAUUUCUACAACAUUCGGAAGGUGGACACACAUAUUCAUGCGUCCUCCUGUAUGAAUCAGAAGCACCUGUUGCGUUUCAUUAAAAGGGCCAUAAAGAAAUAUCCAGGCGAAAUCGUCCAUGUAGAGAAAGGGCGGGGACAGACCCUAACAGAGGUGUUCGAGAGCAUGAACCUAACAGCCUUUGACCUCAGCGUAGACACUUUGGAUAUGCAUGCGGACCGUAACACAUUCCACCGUUUUGAUAAAUUCAACUCCAAGUACAAUCCCAUUGGAGAAUCCAUCCUCAGAGAAAUCUUUAUCAAGACUGACAACCAUAUUGAAGGGAAAUACUUUGGGCACAUAAUCAAGGAGGUCAUGGCGGACCUGGAGGAGAGUAAAUAUCAGAAUGUUGAGUUGCGCCUGUCCAUCUACGGUCGCUCUAGAGAUGAAUGGGACAAACUGGCGCAGUGGGCCGUCAAACACAAAGUUUAUUCAGACAACGUUCGCUGGCUGGUGCAGGUGCCGCGGCUGUUUGAUGUGUACCACACCAAAAAGCAGCUGUCUAACUUCCAAGAGAUGCUGGAGAAUAUUUUUAUGCCUUUGUUUGAGGUCACUGUUCAGCCCAGCAGUCACCCAGAGCUGCAUCUUUUCCUGCAACAUGUUGUCGGAUUUGAUAGUGUGGAUGAUGAGUCUAAACCUGAGCAUCACAUCUUUAACCUGGACAGUCCAAAACCAGUGAACUGGACGGAGGAAGACAAUCCUCCAUACUCCUAUUACCUGUACUACAUGUACGCAAAUAUGACUGUACUCAACCACCUUCGCAGGCAAAGAAACUUUAAUACAUUCGUGUUACGGCCACACUGUGGAGAGGCCGGGCCUAUCCACCACUUGGUGUCUGGAUUUAUGCUGUCUGAGAAUAUUUCCCAUGGUCUACUUCUGAGAAAGGCUCCUGUACUGCAGUACCUGUAUUAUCUGGCUCAGAUCGGCAUCGCCAUGUCCCCUCUCAGCAACAACAGCCUUUUCCUCAGCUACCAUCGGAAUCCGCUGCCAGAGUACCUGUCCAGAGGCCUCAUGGUGUCUUUGUCCACUGAUGAUCCACUGCAGUUCCACUUCACAAAGGAGCCGCUGAUGGAAGAGUACAGCAUUGCCGCUCAGGUGUGGAAGCUCAGCUCAUGUGACAUGUGUGAGCUGGCCCGAAACAGCUUGCUCAUGAGCGGAUUUUCUCACAAGGUGAAGAGCUACUGGCUGGGACCACAUUAUCUGAAAGAGGGGCAGGAGGGUAAUGACAUCAGACGUACCAACGUUCCAGACAUCCGUGUGGCUUACCGCUCCGAGACGCUGUGCGAAGAGCUGAAUCUGAUCACCCAGGCAGUGCGGACAGAGGAGCUGGAGAUCGGUGAAGAGCAGGAGGCUCUGAGUGGUCUCCAUGGGUGAAGGGCAGGCCAGACAUUAGGAGUGUUAGACACUUUCAAUUAUUCAACCAGUGCAAAGUGUGAAUGAAAGCUGAAUUAGGGAAGUCAACCAAUUUGAUUCAGCAGGUGUUCAACUAAAUACUCUGUUAAGAGCUGAGAAAUUAUAUUUGGCGUUAAUGAGAAAUUUCAUGAAAAUGUACUGUAGUUAUUUUGGUUGUGAAGUCCAGGCUUAAAGUCCUGAUUGCUGUAAAACAAAUAGAACUUGCACAAAGUAAAAAGCCAAUGUUGUCUUUGAUAUAAGCACAUCAAAGUUUUGCAGAAUACCAACUGGAAGCUGUGAACUAGAAAAUGAACACAAAGUCAAGCUUCAGAACACCCCAGAAAUCUCAACCUCUGUUACUGUGGACCUUACCCUGUCCAUUACCUGCAGCCCAUUAUUAAGAUCAGUGAAAUGGUUUACAUCGUCAUCGAUAAUGUGCAUUUGGUGUGGCUUGUACUCUUGUUCUGAACACUAACAGCCAUAAACAUUGGUUCCUUGACUAUAAUUUGUGAGCUCAAACACCCAAUCACAUCUCUGCCAUGAGCCAUCCAUCAUCACCAUUCAGAUCAUUUUAAAUGGACUUUAUUUCCUUUAUAUUCUUAAUAUUAACAGGUUAUGUUCUAAUGUGUUUAUUGUUGUGGUGUUAUUUAUUUUCAAGUGGUUGUACCCAUUGUCCAUUUUCAAGUGUCUAAACUGAAUAAUCAUUGGUGGUAUUUAUUGUAAAUCAGAAGUAAUAUCAAAGUGAAGUUUAUUUUUUCUGUUGUAUUCUAUAUCUCAAAAUUAAAAUGUCAAAAUUC